AUGGCAGCGCACCACCCAGAAUUUGAGCGAGCCGGACAGCAGCCGGGCCUCCAGGUGUGGAGGGUGGAGAACUUUAACCUGGUGCCUGUUCCUGAAAAGCUUUAUGGGGGAUUUUACACCGGAGAUGCCUACCUCAUCCUCAAUACUAUCAAACAGCGCUCUGGGAACCUGCAGUACGACCUCCACUUCUGGCUGGGUGAUUUCUGUACCCAGGAUGAGAGCGGCUCAGCGGCCAUCUUUACAGUCCAAAUGGAUGAUUUCCUCGGGGGGAAGCCCAUCCAGUACCGGGAGGUGCAGGGCCACGAAUCCAAAACCUUCCUGGGCUACUUCAAGUCUGGAAUCAAAUACAUGAAAGGAGGCGUGGCAUCUGGGUUCAAGCAUGUUGUCACCAACGAGGUGACGGUGCAGCGGGUGCUCCAGGUCAAAGGACGUCGUGUGGUCAGGGCAACAGAGGUGCCGGUCAGCUGGGACAGCUUCAACACAGGAGACUGUUUCAUCCUGGACCUGGGAAAUGAGAUUUACCAGUGGUGUGGCUCCCAGAGCAACCGCUUUGAGAAGCUGAAGGCUACUCAGGUCGCCAAGGGUAUCCGUGACAGCGAGCGCAGUGGGAGGGCUCGAGUUUACGUCUGCGAUGAGGGGGCGGAGAGAGAGAAGAUGAUAGAGGUGUUAGGUCCCAAACCAGAUCUGCCAGCUGGAGCCUCUGAUGACAUCAAAGCUGAUGCUUCAAACAGGAUGAGGGCUAAACUCUACAAGGUGUCCAAUGCCACUGGAACCAUGUCGAUUGCUCUGGUGGCAGCAGAGAACCCAUUCGCCCAGAGUGCACUGGAGUCUGGUGAUUGCUUCAUUCUGGACCACGGCUCUGAUGGAAAGAUCUUUGUCUGGAAAGGCAAAGAUGCCAACAUGGACGAGCGGAAAACGGCCAUGAAGGCAGCGGACGAGUUCAUCAAGAAGAUGGGUUACCCCAAACACACGCAGGUCCAGAUCCUGCCUGAGAUGGGUGAGACGCCGCUCUUCAAGCAGUUCUUCAAAAAUUGGCGGGAUAAAGAUCAGACCGUGGGUCUGGGCGUGGCCUACAUCGCUAACAGCAUCGCGAAGAUCGAGAAGGUGCCUUUCGAUGCGGCCACCUUACACGAAUCCUCGGCCAUGGCCGCCCAGCAUGGCAUGGUGGACGAUGGCAGUGGAGAGAAAAAGAUCUGGCGUAUUGAGGGAUCCGACAAAGUCCCGGUGGAUUCAUCCACUUAUGGACAGUUCUAUGGAGGAGACAGUUACAUCAUCCUCUACGGCUAUCACCACGGAGGACGUCAGGGACACAUCAUCUACAUGUGGCAGGGGAUGGACUCCAGUCAGGAUGAAAUCGGGUCUUCUGCGAUCCUCGGCGCACAGCUGGACGAAGAGCUUGGCGGCGGUCCUGUGCAGGUGAGGGUGGUGCAGGGGAAAGAGCCGGCCCACUUGAUGAGUCUGUUUGGAGGAAAGCCCAUGGUAGUGUACAAGGGAGGAACGUCCAGAGAAGGAGGUCAGUCCGCUCCAGCUGAGACUCGACUCUUCCAGGUGCGCUCCAACUCUGCAGGAAACACCCGAGCUGUUGAGCUUGACGCAGCGGCAUCCAACCUGAACUCCAAUGAUGCCUUUGUUCUGGUGACCCCCGGUGGCUCCUUCCUGUGGGUGGGAGUGGGUGCCAGUGAUGCAGAGAAGCAGGGCGCUCAGCAGCUGUGCAAAAUCCUGGGAGUGUCUGUCUCCGAGCUGUCUGAGGGAGGAGAGAGUGAUCAGUUCUGGGAGGCUCUGGGUGGAAAGACAGAUUAUCGCACCUCCACCAGACUCAAGGACAAGAUGGAUGCUCAUCCACCCCGACUCUUUGCCUGCUCCAAUAAGACUGGAAACUUUAUAAUUGAGGAGGUACCAGGUGAGAUGACCCAGGAUGACCUUGCCACUGAUGAUGUCAUGAUCUUAGACACCUGGGAGCAGGUGUUUGUCUGGAUUGGAAAUGAGGCCCAAGAGGAGGAGAAGACUGAAUCCAUGGCAUCUGCGGUCCGUUACAUCGAGACAGAUCCGGCCAAGAGAGACCCCAGGACGCCCAUCGUCAAAAUCAAGCAGGGCUUUGAGCCGCCCACGUUCACCGGCUGGUUCCUGGGGUGGGACCACAACUACUGGACCACCGACCCUCUGGAGCGUGCUAUGGCUGAACUGCAGAUUUGAACACUCCCUUGAUCCUACCCACCUUUCUGCCUUGACCUUUCACCACGCUGCAAGACCUUUUUUUUUUUUUCUUUUUUUUCAGUACACGUGUGCCCUUUUUUUUUUUUUUUUUAAUGAAUCACUGCUUUAAUUCACUUUGUCUCAAAUGCUACAGUCGUGCCUUGACACCAGUUAUGAAACCAACCAGUAGAAAUAGAGCUUUAACAGACACACAGGCUUUCUGUUAGGAUUUGCACUACAUGUAGCCUCAAACUAGGACUCUCAUUCAAGACGAUUUUCUCAUAUUUGACAAUAAAACCCUGUUUACUGGCAAAAUAUAACAAACAUAGAGGAAGACAGUUUAAAGUUUGGUGUGAUGUAAUAUUACAAAAGCCACUGCCAAGAAAACACAGCUUAUAAAAAGCAAUACAACCAAUGCCUUAAUAUGAUUUCCUUGAGCUUACAGUAAGCUUGUUUUUUUAAAGGGUACUGUCUUUAUUGAUGUUCUUUUUUUUGUACCUUUAGUUCAGAUGUUAUAUUUAUUUUUAAAAAGGCCACAGAUUGUCACCCAGGAAGCUUGUGUUCUGCUGCAGCAUCUUUCAGUGGGAAACCACCGCUUUGCUGCUUUAUUAAUUAGUUACACCUUCUGUGGCACUUUCUAAAGUUUCCUGUUAUCAUUUCAAUAAACCAAAUUAAAACCCA